AGUGGGAAUCGCCUUCAGGUGGAAUCACUUCUCACACAACAUCAUCAGCACCACCUGUGUGGUCUCUCUGUGUGUGGUUUCUACUUUCGCUUCUGCUUUGGGUGUGAACAAGGGACAGCACUCACCUUGCCUUAACACAGUGUCUGUCCGAAGAAAUCUUAUUCAAGCUUUGAGAAGUAGAAUCUUCUUCGUAUACAGGCCAUCUUGUGGACAGGCACUAAAGUUUGGCAGAUGAAAGUCUCCAGGAAAUGUCCUUGGGACACGUGAUAACCUAAAUCGGCUUUAGAACUAAAAUAAGUCCAUUGUUAGAGAGUGAACUGUAUGUGUAUUUUUAGAAAUUCAAAAAACAUUGUUCAAAGCACCUAAAAUUAAAUCAGAUAAGUACAACUUUGAAUUAUGAAACCACAUCAUAAAAACAGCCUGAUAACGAGUCUUUAAAAGUCUGGGAGUUACUAAUACUGAGCCAGACAGUUGCUACAGUUGGUGACCCAUCUACCUGCAAGGUGUGCGAUUCCUGCUGUCACUGCUGACAAUGUUGAGACCAGAGGACCUGUGGACGAGGACCAGCGUCCUCCUGGUUGUGCUGAGUUGUCUUGUGGGAGGAGAACAGCUCCUCAAUGGCGGCUUUGAGACCAUGAACAACUGGAACUGCUGGAAUUUCAAAUGUGAACUUGUUGCUCCAGGCGACUCGCGCUUUGGUGCUCAUUCUCUCAAGGCGUCUGGCAGGACCCAGUCCUACAUGGGGCCAUCUCAGGAUGUACAGCUCAAGCCCGGGACUUACUACAAGGUGCAGAGCUACAUGAAGCUGCUCAACCAGCUGCCCACCACCAUCGGCCACACCCUCAUGUUGGAGAUCAGCUUCGCUCUGACAGAUGGAAGCUCUACCUACAUCACUGGGGCUCAGCGUAACAUGGUGACCCUUGCUGACGGAUGGGUGCUCAUGCAGGGAGACUUCCUGACUCCUAGUCAAGCCUUCAAGUCAGCAACCUUCUACUACCAAGGACCUGAACCCGGAGUCGACUUCGUCGUGGACCAGGCAACCAUGACCGAAGUGGACGUCAGCAGCGACAACUGGCGGCAGAGGACUGACGAGGUCAUCAACAGGGUGAGAAAAAGCGACAUCAACUUCCGGGUGACUACACCAAGCGAUGUUUCACUUCAUGAUGUCAGAAUUGUGAUCAAUCAGACCAAGAAGUCCUUUCCAUUCGGAAGCGCCAUCAACUCGUGGAAGUACGUGGAUCCAAACCUGCAGAAGUACCGGGACUGGAUCCAUGCCAACCUCAACUGGGCCGUGCUGGAGAACGCCCUCAAGUGGGAACAACUCGAGCCGACUCAGGGUUUCCUGCAGUACGACCGUGCGGUGAAGACUCUAGAGGGGCUGAAGAGUCACGGGCUGAAAAUCAGGGGACAUAACCUUGUGUGGUCUAUCGACGAGUUUGUACCUGACUACAUCAAGGGCCAAACCGGCGAAGAGUUGAAGGCCACAGUUCGUAACCACAUCCAGUGGACGUGCAACCUCACGCGCGGACUGGUGGAGCACUGGGAUGUAAACAACGAGAAUUUGCACGGAUUUUGGUUUCAAAGGCAACUUCAUGACCUCGACUACGAGCUUGAACUUUUCCGCGAGACUCACGCUGCUGACCCCCGCGCCCUCCUCUUCCUCAACGACUACGGCGUUGUGGCUGGAGGCGACUCCACUGGGGCUUACCUGGCCCAAGCUCGUAAAUUUAAAGCUGCCAACGUCAACAUGUAUGGUCUCGGUGUCCAGUGCCACUUUACACCUGAAGUUGAACCCUCCCCCACGAUGAUCAAGUCUCGCCUGGACACACUGGCACAGGUGGGUGUGCCGAUCUGGGCCACGGAGCUGACGGUGGAGGCAGACGACGAGAACAAGAGAGCCGACUACUACGAGCGAGCACUGCGCGCCCUGUACGGCCACGAGGCGGUGGAGGGCAUCUUGUUCUGGGGCUUCUGGGACCAGGCCUUCUUCGCCGGGGUCAAGGCCGCACUUGUCAGUGGGGACAACCUUGAUCUCACAGCUGCCGGACGGCGCGUGAUGGAUCUCUUUUGGAACGAGUGGAUGACGCACGAAACUCACGAGGUGUCGCAAGCCAAUCAGCAAUUCACUGUACGUGGUUUCCAUGGCGACUACCAAGUGUCUGUUUAUUACCGGAACCAGGAGCUGCCGGCCCUCAGGCAAACAUUUUCACUGGUCAAAACCGCUCACACUGUCGACAUCAACAUCACAACAUAGAGUUUCACAUCAUCGUCAGAGUACUUCUGUAUAUGGGAUAAAUAGAAAUAUGAUAAACAUGAAACAUAAACAAGACGUCACAUCAACCGUCGCACAUACACACAUACCUCACCAACAACGUCACUAACACACACACACACACACACACACACACAUGACAAUACAUCAUCGUCAGCUUGUGAUAAAUAUGUCUGAUAAAUGACAAAUAGGACGUCACUUCAACCGUCGCACAUGACAUCACCAACAACGUCACAAACACACAUGACAACA